UUUGCAGGUCCUACCAGCAACUGAUAAAGAUCCGAAUAACAGAUAGCAAAGGAACAAUCUGGGAAGCAGAAUCGGAUUCUGACAGCUCACGUCGAGCCCACGAGGGAACGACGAAGCGAGUGGUCAUAAAAAGAGGCUCUUAAGCAGCGCUAAUUCCCCACUUUCUGCACCUAAGGUUCCCUGCUUUCCUCGCAACUUUGGUUCCCCGGAACCCGAAGCUUUCUCCGGUAAGUCGCCGCCGCCGCCACCGCCGCCGAGGAAGAGCAGCCCUCCGUCUUCAUGGACUACAGGCAGUUCUACUGCAUGACCCUGAGGAUGAGCAUAGACUGCAACGGGUGCUACCAGAAGAUCAGGAGGGCGCUGCUCCAGAUGCAAGAGCUGGAGAGCCACCUGAUCGACCGGAAGCACGGCCGGGUGAGCGUCUGGGGCGCCUUCAGCCCGCAGGACGUGGCCAUCAAGAUCAGGAAGCGGACCAACCGGCGCGUCGAGAUACUGGAGCUCAGGGAGGCCGCAGGGCCAGGGGGCGGCGACGAGCAGGGCGCCGGCGGUGGGCAGAUGCCCCCAAACUGAAACCUACCUUGUGUGCACCGGCAGAGCACUCGGAUGCUGCUCCCGCUAGCUUCUCUAACCUGAAACUUUUCAGAGGAUUUACCCCUUCUUGUGUGCGAGAGCUUAUAAAUCAUCAUUUUGGUCUGUACUCCUCAUGACCUGUUUGAGUGAACUUCACCACUGACGGCCUGCUUAACCUUGACUUCUUGCCGA